AUGGCCGACAUCCGCGACGAAGAAGACGGCACCUUCUGCGCCGUGAGCUGCUGCAACACGCUCAAGGAGCUCAGGCGGCCCGUCGACGUCGACGACCUGUUCGACACGGGGUAUUACUACGAGUCCAGCUCAGGCCCCUCCUCGGCCUCCUUCUUCGCAUGGCCCUUCCUGGGCCCCCUGCUCUUCGAGAACACGACCUCGGACGCCCGCGACCACUGCGCCAACGAGCGCACCUUCCUCAGCUACCUGCGCCUCUCCGUCUACAUGGCCGUCGUCGCCGUCGCCAUCGUCCUGUCCUUCCACCUAAAGUCCCAGCCCUCGGCCGCCGAGCUGCGCAUGGCCAAGCCCCUGGGCCUGGUCUUCUGGGGCCUGAGCGUCGCGUGCUUAUUUGUCGGGCUGGGCAAUUACAUUCAAACGGUAAAUAAGUACAGCCGGAAGGCUGCUAUAGUGCAGAGUGGUAUCAAAACACAGCUUACGAUGGGCAUCGUAUCCCUCAGUAUUAUCGCGACCUGCGUGACGCUUCUGGUCGUGAACAAGAUGAGCGAGGGAAUGGACGACAGCAGCUAG